GGGCGUUGGACUUUCGAGAAGAAGCCCGGGCAUGCAGCGGAGUCCAGCCUGAUACUCUUUCUGAGCAUGAAGAAGAGGGGCUUCCCAGUCAAUCUCACUCUGGAAAGCACGAUUUCAAAGUCCGGGCAAGUUUGGGUGUUUCCGAGGUUUAGGGUUGAAACCAACGCGCUGAGCUCCGAUAAGAGAUCCAGUGCGCUUAUCCCAUCUGGACACAAACGAACGUCACGCAAGACCACGCGAGUCAACUUGACCAUUGUUUGUCAACCCUCGAGUCUACCAACAGCACCACGAAGAAUGAUGCUGCCACAGACAUCAUGGACACAUCUGCUGCAGCCUCGACGCUUACCAGGCAGCGCCUCAGCGUGGCUGUUUUGUCGCUUGCCGCAACCGCGACGCUGGGCUACUUUUGCUACCGCGUCUACAACCCACCGUUCCCGGAGCCGCUGCCAGACCGUCGCCUGCACCGUAGCAAUGCCAUCCGCCACCGCAGGCGCUCGCUCCCCGAUGUUGUCCACAACCACAGCCGCGAGCCUUCCGACGCUUCCACCACGUCGGUCGAGUCCGAUGCUCAUGCUGACGAGAACGUCGACGUCAACACGGUCCGCCCCUUGAACGACGCCGAAACAGUCGCCGACGAACACGAGCAUGUGCUCGAAGACAACUGGUACGACGACGGCCACAACCACUUUGGCGGCCAGCACCAGCGCGCCGGCCAGAACAUCGUUAGCCUGCUCUUCCGCGUCUCCGAGGACAACGCCCGCCGCAACGCCUAUGUCCACCGCGGCUGCCUCUGCAAUGGCUGCGGCAUCACCCCGAUUCGUGGCAUCCGCUACCGCUGUGCUAAUUGCACCGACUUCGAUCUCUGCGAGACGUGCGAGUCACAGGGCCUCCACACCAAGACGCACAUCUUCUACAAGAUUCGGGUCCCCGUUCCGCGCCUCGGCUCCCGCCCGCUGCAGCCAGUGUGGUAUCCCGGCGACCCUGAAAAUUGUUUGAGACUUUUACCAAAACACCUCAUGGCCAGGUUGUCCAAGGAAACGGGCUUCGAGCGGCCCGAACUGGAAGCCCUGUGGGAGCAGUGGACUUUCAUGGCCAACACCGAGUGGCGCGAGGACCCUGACGAGCUGGGCUUGGCUAUGGACCGCAAGACGUUCGAGCGUUACCUGGUGCCAUCGGGCGGAUACCGUCAUAUCGCGCCGAACCUCCUGCAUGACCGCAUGUUCGCCUUCUACGACGACAACAACGACGAUCUCAUAGGCUUUUCCGAGUUUCUGCACGGCACCGCGUACCGCAAAAGGAAGCACAGACUCCGCAAGGUGUUUAAAGGCUAUGACAUUGACGGAGAUGGUUACAUCAAUCGCCGCGAUUGCCUGCGCCUCUUUCGAGCAUACUAUGUGGUCUUCAAACAUAUGCACAGGGACAUUCUUGACGGCCUCGAUGACCAGGUCAUGAGCUCCACCGAGGUCGAACAGCUAGUGACUAGUAGGCAGCCAUUGAGCAGCUUAUUCGGCCGGGAAGGCGGCUUCACCCACGCCGACGCCGACCGUCCGAUGCGAGGAAAAGUCACCAACCUCAACACCGGCGAGGUCCACAUCACUGAUGGAGCGACGACUGCAAUCAACGAGGACACGCCGGACACCGCGGACCGCCAGUCGGUUCUGACCAGUCUGUUUACCAGCCAAGCGCACGCAGCCGAGACUCUCUAUAUGCCAGGAUUGGACAACGCACGAUCAGUCGGGGAGAGAGCAUCUGGGAUAGAAUAUCUGAACGGACUUCUGAACCCUCCAACCCGCAUCAGUGAACUGCCAGCACUUCUUCUCGGCGAAACCCGCGGUGGCGACGAUUUUCUUGUCGUCAUAAACGGUGGCGGCGGUCAGCAAGAGGGCAGCAACGGACAGGGGACCCGUACUGGAGACGGAGAUGGUCACAGGCCGGGAGAAAAUGGCACCUUGGGAUCCGGGGGGGACGGAGUUGGAUAUGGAACUCGUGCGAACGGGUCUUCAGACAGCGGAGAAACCGGUCCAGACGACCGGGCCCAGCCUCAGGCCUACAGGUUUACCUCGAAUCGCCGUCUAAGAGCCAAUGCACGGAGAAAACUGUUUGACCGUUGGAAGAGGAGGCAGUUUUACCUGGAUGAGGAAGAGGGCGUGUUGCCGCCGGACGAUUGGAGCGACAACGAUGACAUUCUCGCCCAUCUCAACGGCUCAACCGACGGCGACUCCAAGGCAGCUCAGCCUGCGCCCUCGUCCCGGUCGCGAUCGUCAUCCAAGGUGCGAUUUGCCGAAGACACCGAUGACUACGACGUCAGGUCCAACCCUUCGACAUCGUCGAGGAGCAUCCCAGAGCGAUGGGGAGGCAUGGAGAUUCCCGACGCCGAAAGAGACGUUGGCAAGGAGAUAUUCUACCAAGUCAGCCAGCAGGCCUUCAACGAGAUUCUUGACAUCCUCUUCAAGGCGAAAGAAGAUCUUGCAGUUCAGGCGGCUGAGACCAAGGAGAAGCGCGAUAAGUACAGGCACAUAUUCCAAUCGAUCAAUCCGGAUGAGGAGAACGAAACCCAAACCACCCCAGAGUCCGGUUCGGGAAACCCGAAGUCUCCUCGAGACCUGUCGUUGGAGGCACUGCUUGCCUUCAGUGGCUACUCAGUCGAUCAAACAUCCGCGGCGCAGAGCAAUGCCAGGACCGAAGGUGAAGCGGAGGCAAACCGAGGCGACGAGACCGGCGAUGAUGACGAUGAUUCCGUCCCGCCCCCGCUGAUAACAGUUGACGCACAACCUGGGCAGCCAGCUUCUACCGAAGCCGAAGUCUAUCGCGAUCCCACUAUGCCUCAAUUCCGUCCAGAUUCGGUGCCGGCAUCCCACGAGCGGGACGCUGCGCAGAGCCAGGCACAGCCGGCACUCGCGUCGUCGCCAACGCGAUUCGUGGGCCUCCAACCAUUCCCUCCACCGACCGACUCUCAGAAGCCAACGGAUCCGGAGGCUGAGGCAGCAGACGGCAAGACAACGGGCAGCCCUUUGCCCAAGUUCAUUUCGCGGAGCACGCUAAUCAACUGGAAGCGCCUCGACCUCGCUGAGGAGGAGGCAAGGGAGCGCGGGGGAUGGGGCAGGCUGAGCUACGAGGAGUUCGAGCGCAUCUACAAGUCAGCCGAGGCCAGUGGCACCCGUCUGGACUACCUGGGCACCUGGAUUGACUUUUGCAUUCCGUCUACCUAGUGGGAUUGUGGACUUGAAACGAUGGAAACGAGGGCCGCGAGGGUAUUCCGGUGGUGGGUGACCUGGCUUGGAGAUUUCUAGGCCCGGGCUCUACCUGGAACAGCGUGUAUGAGUGAGUUUAGUGAUAAAGGGGGAAAACGGGGUGUUGAGGUUUCAUACUUUGGCGUGUAUAUUGAAUACCCAGGUUGUCAAUGUACAAUACAAGUACGAGGACCCGGCGGGUGCAGCGCAUGGAAGCUAUGCAGAUAGAUGCUUAGUUCUUUUAUCCCAGUUUCUUGAAUGGAGAUACCUUGCCAUUUCU